CCAUCCCUAGAUUGCGGCGUCGUUUGAAAGAAACUGUAAACUAUUACCAAUACAAACGCAGCUGCACCAGAGCGAAAUCUGCCAAAAUAAGCAACAAAAGUCAAGUGAAAAACAUAUUGUUAUAGAAAAAAAACCAUAUUCUUCCCUCUGCACGGCAUUUGGUAUUUGGGUUAAAUUUGAGGCGCGACCAAGCAUAGACAACCAUGACGUUGCCGCGCUCGGAGACGCCACUGCGUCGAUCUGCGGUGGGCAGCUACCGUGAGAGCAUGGCCCGGGACACAACGGUGAUCAAUGACGAUGAGGCUGAGCGGCGGGAGGCACGCCGGCGGACGCUGCUAGUGCAGCAGGACACCCGCAAGAGUUCCGGGCUGGAGUCGAUUGAGGAGAACGAGGCGAUACGCUCCUGCGUGGAUCUCUACAAUUGCAACAAGCUGAGCAAGGACAAUGCCUGGCACAUGUCGCUGAUUGAUUCCCUGGCCAAUCUCAUGGAUCGUCAUCACAAAAAACUAAGCAACUUCAAGAUGGCUGGCACAUCGCUGGAGGCCUCGUCCAAGGUGUACGGUCUGCGUGUGGACUCCAUAUACAUCGAUGCCAUGCGCAUAUCGGCGGGUCUGAGUGCCCGCACCUUGACGGACAAACAGAUCAACGAUGCAGAUGCGGAUGAUGGAGGGGGCGCACAUGAUGGCGCUCCAGCUGAUGGCGAAGGUGACGAUGCUGCUGCUGGCAGUAGGGGGCAGCAGCAGGCGGCGGCAACGAAGCCCAAGCGACAGAAAAAGAACGUGUCCACGCUGACAAAGAACAAGGAGACGUUGAAUGCCCGCUUGGACAUGAUGCCCAUGCAGGAUGCGGUCUUUGGGAAGCUCAAUUCGACGGUGGGCUCCAUCAAUGCCUCCAAUCGACUGAUGCACAACAUACUGCCCAGCGUGGACUCGGAGCUGAGGCUGCGCACCACCCACAAAGUGUGGGACGCGACGGAAGAGACGGACGAGCUCAUGGAUAGCGAGACGUUGAGUGCCAGAGGCCAGGAGUGGCCUGACACGGCACUGUGUAGUGCGGAAUGGCUGCAUAAGCUGGCCAAUCAUGCGGAUAAUCUAAUUCUGCGGCCACUCCACACGGGCUAUGUCAUCACCAGUGCACCGAAUCCCAAGCCACAGACGGACAAACCAGAGACAUCCAUGUCCGACGCGGCAGCGCCCGAAAACGAUGACGACGAUGAGGGAUUGGAGGCUGCGGAUGAUUUCUGUGUGAAUGCCGGCGAGAUAUCCGUGGCCUUUGACAUGAACGCCGAGUGUGAACCCAUGCCGGAUAUGGAGGCUGGGCAACACAUCGUACUAGAGAUACCAUCGAAUGAUUUGGAGGAGCUCACCGUCGAGGAGCAGGCGGUCGUCCAAAACUGUCGAAGGUUGAGGAAAACCGCGGAAUUCAUAGACGAUCUGCGACCCGUGGAUGGUGUCUCGCGGCUGGACUACUCCUACCGACCCAUGGAGCAGAUCUCACAGUUUUGGGCGGGCCCGGCGCAUUGGAAAUUCAAACGCACGCGUCCACGCUCCACUCUUGCGCAGACGAAUGGCCAAACGGAUGCUGUGCCGGCGGCCAAGCCAAGGAAAACGGCUGCCGUGGCCAAGCGACGCUGCAAGGAGGUCAACUAUGGCAAGUUCAAGGAGGAGCACUUCCAGCCGCUCGACGCCAAACUCAAGCAGCGCAAGGUCAACUAUCAAAAGAAAUGGGACGCCCGCAAGCUGAUGCUGCCAACAAAAUUCAACUUUGAGGAUGAUUAUUUUUUCAAAUACGAUUCGGCGCCAAGCAUAAAGGUUAGCCAGCGCUUCGGUACGGCCGAUGUGGACGAGGGCCUAGGCAAUGACAUGGACAUGGAUGGGGGCUCGCAUCAUGGCGAUGCCGACAUUGAACUCUUUGACAACGAACACUUUACCAGCGAUGAUCCGGCGGCCAGUAAUCGCAUGUCGGGCGCUGGCAUCGAAGAUCCCAUGGAUAUGAUGAAUAUGGAUGCGUGCGAGGGUAUGCCCAAUCCGAGUCAAAGCAUGCACUUGGGACACGAUACAAUUGUGGAGAUAGCCACCGAAUAUGAGGGUGCGCCCAAGCAGGUUACCAAAGUGAUUGUGCCAUUUGCCAAGCGUGCCAAGGUGAUAGACAUGAAGAAUCUCAAGAAGAGUUGCAAUUCAUUGAUCCAGAAACAGCUGCUCAAUCCUGUGGUUGAGGCUGCUAUACCCACACAUCCACAGGUGAAGGAUGAACGGUACUCGAAGGGUGUGGCCAGCUUCCAGGAGGUCUAUUGCACGUUGCCGGAUCUGUUGACGCCCAAAAUGGCCGAUUCUUUGUCGACAUCGGUGGCCCUCUAUGCGGUGCUCCAUUUGGCCAACGAUAUGAAGUUGCGACUCAUACCGCAAGAGAAUUUGGAGGAUUUUAAAAUUCGACAAGUACUGGACUAGCAUUUCUGUGACGGAACAUGUUUAAUUUUACAACCCCAAUGUUUUUGUUUCUCUUAACUGAGAAAUCGUAUAGAAAAUUUCGUACCCUCGAACAUUUUAUCAGUAUUUCCCAUACACCUCCCUCGCGCAUCCUUUCCACAAAACAUUUUAUCCACAUUUUCAGGCCACAAAAAAGCAGGGCUCAUCUCCAAUGUGUUGUC